AUGGAAAGGCUGAAUACAGUUCUCGUCGCAAACCGAGGCGAGAUUGCCUGCCGCCUGAUUAAGACAGCCAAAAAGCUAAGCAUCCGCACGCUAGCCGUCUACACCGAGCCCGACAGUUUCUCGAAGCAUGUAGUUGAAGCCGAUGAAGCCUUUUUGUUGCGAGGAGGGGCUCGGACGGCGUACCUCGACGGGGCUCAGAUCAUCGCCAUAGCCAAAGAUAACGGCGUCCAAGCCGUCCUUCCAGGCUAUGGGUUCCUAUCCGAAAACGCCGAUUUUGCACAAGCAGUUGCCGCCGCCGGCCUCGUCUUUGCAGGGCCAUCCGCCGAGGCCAUACGCGCCUUCGGGCUCAAGCACAUAGCUCGAGAGCUCGCGAUCCAGGCAGGAGUGCCAGUCGUGCCGGGGAGCAAUGGGCUGCUCGCCUCCGAAGACGCCGCCGUGUCGGCCGCCGCGGCGCUCGGCUAUCCCGUCAUGCUCAAGACCACGGCCGGCGGCGGCGGGAUGGGACUGCUGCUGUGCCAUGACGAGGCCGAGCUGCGCAACAAUUUCGGCACGGCGCAGUCUCGAGGCCGCUCCUUGUUCCAUAACGCGGGCGUCUUCCUCGAGCGUUAUUUCGCUGAAAGCCACCACAUCGAGGUCCAGGUGUUCGGCAACGGCCUCGGGAGCGUUGUAAGCAUCGGAGAGCGCGAGUGCUCCAUCCAGAGGAGGCAUCAGAAGGUGAUUGAGGAGUGUCCCAGCCCGUACGUUUUGCGGGUGCCCGAGUUGCGUGCAAAGCUCACGACCUGUGCCAUCCGCCUAACCGAGAGCAUCCGCUACGGCUCGGCCGGCACCGUCGAGUUCCUCGUCGACGGCCGCACGAGCGAAGUUUUCUUUCUCGAAAUGAACACGCGCCUCCAGGUCGAGCAUGGCGUGACGGAGCUAUGUUAUGGUAUUGACCUCGUCGAGCUUAUGCUGCGACAGGCAGACCGUCAGCUCGACGGCAAGGGCGGACUGGACUCGGACGAGCUUAGGGAGCUGCAGCGCUGUUGCUUGGGGCCUCGGGGCCAUGCCAUCGAGGCGCGCGUCUAUGCCGAGAACCCUGCCAAGGACUUUGCGCCCAGCCCGGGCCUGCUCCAAGAAGUCUCGUGGCACACGGCGCCGGGCUCCCGCAUCGACUCCUGGGUCCGGGCCGGCAUGAAAAUCAGCUCCGACUAUGACGCCCUUUUGGCCAAGGUCAUGUAUCUCGGCUCGACCCGAGAUGAUGCUAUUCGCGGCCUGAGCGAGGUUCUCGGCAGAAGCGCCAUCCGAGGGCCCCCAGUCAACUUGGAGUGGCUGCAUGCCAUUGUCCAGGAUGCCGGCUUCAUCGAGGGCAGGACAACGACCAGGUUUCUAGACACGUGCAAGAUCACCGUCCCAGGCAUCGAUAUCCUCUCGGGCGGGUCGUACACGCUCGUCCAAGACCACCCGGGACGGCCAUCCGUCGGCCACGGGUUCGGACAUGCUGGACCCAUGGACCCCAUCGCCUUUCAGACUGCUAAUAUUCUUGCUGGGAACCCCAUCGGCACCGAAGGCCUGGAAAUCACCCUGACUGGCCCAGACAUGGUAUUCCUAGGCGAUGCAGUCAUAGCUUUAUGCGGGCCGCCCGUUCCCGCCCGCCUAGACGGCAGCGACUUGGCUCUCUGGACACGCUACCCCGUGCGUGCCGGUCAGAGGUUGACGAUUGGAAAGCUCCCUUCGCACUGCCGCGUCUACCUCGCCAUCUACAAAGGCCUUGCCAACGUAGCUCGCUGGUAUGGGAGCAAAUCGACCAACCCCAUGGUGAAUGUGGGCGGCUACCAGGGCCGGGCUCUGAAAGCCGGCGACUUUCUCAGCAUCGUGGACGCCGUCGAGGUGCCCAAAGUCGAUGCCCUGGAGAUGCCGCGGCGCGUGAUCCCCACGUACACGUCGGACUGGGUCAUCCAAGUCAUGUCAGGACCCUAUGAGGCGGGAUAUCUCUCACCCGCAGACAUCACGACCCUCUUUCAACACACCUGGGAGGUAAGCCACAACUCGGCCAGGGGCGGAAUCCGGCUCCUGGGGCCUCGGCCAGAGUUUGCGCGUCGGGACGGGGGGGAAGGCGGCUCGCAUCCGAGCAAUGUCAUCGAGUACGGCUACCCGAUCGGCGGGCUCAACUGGACCGGCGACGAGCCCGCCAUCUUCCCCGUCGACGCGCCUGACUUUGGUGGCUUCGUCUGCAGCCACACCGUCAUCAAGGCCGACAUGUGGAAGAUGGGCCAGCUCCGGGCGGGCGACCGGGUCCGGUUCAGGCGGGUUGGCCUGCAGGCCGCGCUGGCCCAACGCCGCCGACACGACGACUUUCUCCAGAGCCUCGCCUCGGCCGUCUCCAGCGGCCUUUGGGAAGAUGUCGUUGCCUUUGACAGCCACUCCCUGGGGGCUGAGGCGACAGACGCUGAUCAGGACUUGGUCCGAGUGCUGGAGACGACCUCGUCGAGGCCAAUGGUGUCGUACCGUGCCGGCGGCGAUGACUAUCUCCUUGUCGACUACGGAGACGGCAAAUGUGACCUGAAUCAUAAAUGCCGAGCCACAGCGCUGCAGCGGCACAUCGACGACAGGGCCUCUGGGAUCGUAUCUCCCCAAACAAGGACGAAAGAAGGGGCAGUGGUCAACAUGGUCGGAUGCGGUAAUUCGCUGGCCAUCUUUUACGACGGCCUAAGGCUGCAUCACGACGACUUGGUCAAGUUCCUGGUGAGCGUUGAGGAGAAGCUGGGCGAUUUACGGACCAUACAACUGCCGAACCGUCAGUUCCGGCUGCCGGUGACGUUUACUCACAAGAGACUGACCGACGCCAUUGAGCGCUACACCGGAAACCAGAGGUCCAUCGCGAGCUACCUGCCGGACCCAUUCAGGUUCGUAGCUGAGAGCAACGGCAUGACGGCCGACGAGCUCAAGAAUCUGCUGCUGAGGGCCGAGUCCGUCGUCAUUGGCGUCGGCUUCGUCAUGGCCCUGCCGCUUUGCCUGCCCGUCGACCCGCGGGACCGUCUGCGAUCGCCCAAGAUGAACCCCAGUCGAACCUACACGCCCGAGGGGACCUUUUCGUGGGGAGGUAGCUCCAUUUCCAUCUACGCGGUGGACAGCCCUGGGGGGUUCAUGCCCAUCGGCAUGACGGUACCGGGCCUCGACCUGUUUGGCGCAAAGGGUGGCGGCUUUCUUGAGAACAGGCCUUGGUUGUUUGAGAGCAUGGACCAGAUGAGCUUCUACGAGGUGAGCGAGGACGAAUAUGACGCUCAGAUGACGCAGUUUAGGGCCGGGACGUAUCACUUCGAGGUCCAGGAGGGCGUCUUCGACAUGGCCGCGCACAAUAAGCUGCUCCGGGAGACGGCCGCGGAGGCGGAGGCGCUGCAAAGGCAGAGGGCGCGGGCGCAGGACGCAAUGGCGCAGCGCGAGAAGGCGAUGCUCAACAAGUGGCUGGCUGAGAAAGACGCCGGACGUUCACAGUUUGACCACGAGUCGGCGCUGGCUGAAGAUCCGGAUCUGGAAGCAAUCGAAGCGCCCAUGAACGCCAACGUGUGGAAGGUGCUGGUGGAACAAAGCCAGCGGGUGGACGGGGGUCAAAUCGUCGCGAUCCUUGAGGCCAUGAAGAUGGAGAUUAGCGUGAACGCAGACAGUAGCCUGACCGGGGGAACUGUGGUCAAGCUGCUGGUUGAGCCUGGGGACAGUAUUCGGAGCGGGGAGCCAAUCGCGCUGGUCAGAAGAGCAGGCUGA